CGCACGGAGCAAUGUACAGUGGUUUUACAUGAAGAAACACAUGGAGAACCCAGCCAAAUAUAUCUCAUCGGUGCAGGGGAUUGACUCUGCGCCGGCACCUCUCGGAGAGAUUAUGAGGAACAGCACCGAAACGGAGGCGACAAACGACUGGAGGAAGGACAUGGUGUUGCGCACAAUGACGGGCUGCCUACUGUGCCUGCUCAUCCUAUGGACCCUGUUGGGGAACAUCAUGGUUUGCACCGCGGUGUUGCGCUUUCGGCACUUGAGGACCAAAGUCACCAACAUUUUUAUCGUCUCUCUGGCUCUGUCGGAUUUAUUCGUGGCCGUCCUUGUGAUGCCCUGGAAAGCUGUGGCAGAGAUGGCGGGGUACUGGCCGUUUGGCACUUUCUGUAAUAUUUGGGUCGCUUUUGACAUUAUGUGUUCUACCGCGUCCAUCCUCAACCUCUGCAUCAUAAGCGUGGAUAGAUACUGGGCAAUUUCCAGUCCCUUCCGCUACGAGAGGAAAAUGACCCAGCGAGUUGCCUUUGUUAUGAUAAGCAUCACUUGGACGCUGUCUGUGCUCAUUUCAUUCAUACCGGUCCAGCUAAACUGGCACAAAGCCAGCGGGGAGGACAUGACUGGGAUGGACAACUCUUCCUCUAUUCGGCAAGUGGAGGAAAACUGCGACUCCAGCCUGAGCAGAGAGUACGCUAUAUCCUCGUCUUUGAUAAGUUUCUAUAUUCCCGUUGCAAUUAUGAUUGUGACUUAUACCAGAAUAUACCGGAUUGCACAAAUACAAAUUAGAAGAAUAGCCUCCCUGGAGAGAGCGGCAGAGCACGCACAAAGUUGUAGGACUAACAGAAUAGAGUGCCAACACCACAACACCUUGAAAACGUCGAUUAAACGGGAAACCAAAGUGUUCAAAACUCUGUCGGUGAUUAUGGGUGUCUUUGUGUGUUGCUGGUUACCAUUUUUCGUCCUGAACUGUAUGGUUCCGUUCUGCGACAGACCGACCACAGACCGGGACGCUGGUCUGCCCUGCGUAAGCGAGACUACUUUUGACGUAUUCGUGUGGUUUGGCUGGACAAACUCCUCCCUCAAUCCCAUCAUUUACGCCUUCAACGCCGAAUUCAGGAAGGCCUUCGCGAGCCUGUUGGGCUGUCGCAAUUUCUGCUCUAACACUCCAGUGGAGACAGUCAACAUCAGCAACGAGCUGGUCUCAUAUAACCAAGAUACCCUCAUCCACAAGGAAAUCGCGAACGCCUACGUCAACAUGAUCCCCAACGUGGUUGAAUGUAUUGAGCACGAGGAGACUUUUGACAGGAUUUCACAGUUUUCUCACAACAACGAGAACGUCACCGACUCAAUUUGUGACUUGGAGGACUGUGAGGCAGACAUCAGCCUUGACACGAUGUCCCCGUUUACACCAAAUGGAUUACAUUGACUCCAACUUUGUCUCAACGUGCGUAAUUGGAUGUAUUGAUAUCAAUUCCAUCGUCCAUUCUGCUCCUUAACAGUCCCAAAAGCCCCUGUCCACAUGGAGCCCACGGGUCAUGUUAUAGCCUACUGAGGGAUCUAUAGUGACUUGCUCAUCGACUCUUCAGCAGGGUUCUGAAGCCACCAGGCAUAUUUCCUGCUGCCGGUUUGCGUUACAAAUGACAUGUGAUGUUGUCGUCCUGUUCUGAAAAAAGUGAUGUGUAGGUGUUAAUUUAUAUGACAAGUAAAGUUUGUGUUCAUUUGUUUAAAGGUUCAGUGUAAUUGAAGCUGUUGUUUACUCGAAGGCAUUACUCGCAGCGUCCUUGUCUCAUCCGCUUGGAGGGGUGGAAAUGUUUGUAAAGAUUAACAUGAGGAACCAUAAUAUACAGAACUUUUGCUGCUUAUAAACCUCAUGUGCAUCUAGUGCCCACUUUCCAGUGAGUUUGAAAACUGAGGGCAGCCUUACCAAGAAAACAAAAUGCAGUCAUUUCAGCGCCUUACAGCUUUUUUUUCAAAGAGUUUCGAGACAUGAAAAAGGAAUGUGUUGAAUAGAGUUUUAGAUAAAUGAUGCCAAAAUGCAGUAUUAACGUGUUUACCCUCUGCACUCACCCCAGCGAUUACCCCAGCACACACACCUCAUCACCUCACUGAUUAUUAUUAUACAGUUGGAUCAGGCUCAGAUGGCAGGAGCCUUUGAUGGAGCAUUUCACGAUGAAAAAAGGCACAAAGUCCUCUGCUUCAAAUGCAUAAAAGUGAGCUUGUUUACACUGGAAUCGCUGAUCCAGAUUAAAGACUUUGUCUAAAACCCACAGAAUCGUUCUAGCUGUCAGAGUUGUAACUUUUGUAACUAAUUUCUCAUGGAGGCCAAAACUACUGAAUGACUCUGCUUUGUCAGGUCAUAUUAAACUAGAGUGACAACAGAAGAGAAAAUCAUACAAUAGUCUCACUUUUCAAAAGUUGACUAGAAAGCUUAAUUAAGUCACAAUCAAACUUCAGAGAAUAGCUCAUGGUAAGUUUAUGAUGAAAUAUUGAUUUGACAUUUAAAAACAACAACUAUGGAAAGAGUAAGGAAUAAACCAAGGUGAACUUAAAUACUGAUGAGUCAUUGCGCUUCCCUCAUAAUUAUUCCCAGUAGAGGAUGCUAUAAUAGGUCAUCAUAAAUUCCUAGCCAACAGACAAGGGAGCUACAUAUUAUUAAAUCAUUAGGUAUUGAUC